AUGGCCUCCCAGCAGCAGCACUCACCGGCCUGGACCCCGGCCUCGUGGCGCUCCAAGCCCAUCAAGCAGUCCCCCGCCUACCCCGACCAGAAGAAGCUCGCCACGGCCGUCGGCGAGCUCUCGCGCCUCCCGCCCCUCGUCCACCCCAACGAGAUCCUCGCCCUCAAGGCCCACCUCCGCGAUGUCGCCCACGGCAAGGCCUUCCUGCUCCAGGGCGGCGACUGCGCCGAGCUCUUCGACUACUGCCAGCAGGACGCCAUCGAGUCCAAGAUCAAGCUGCUGCUGCAGAUGAGCGUCGUCCUCAUCUGGGGCACCAACAAGCGCGUCGUCCGCAUCGGCCGCAUGGCCGGCCAGUACGCCAAGCCCCGCUCCAGCCCGACAGAGGUCGUCGACGGACGCGAGAUCCCCAGCUUCCGCGGCGACAUUCUCAACGGCUACCACGUUGACGAGCGCGAGAUCGACCCCAACCGCCUGCUCAAGGCUUACCAUCUCUCCGGCGCCACCCUCAACUACAUCCGCGCCGCCAUCGCCUCCGGCAUCGCCGACCUCCACCGGCCCCUUGAUUGGGGCCUCGGCCACGUCAAGGACCCCGUCCUCAAGGAAAAGUACUCCGCCAUCGCCCACAGCAUCCAGCAGACCCUCCGCUUCCUCCAGGUCAUCAACGCCCGCCCCGGCGAGCUCGAGACCGUAGAGUUCUUCACCAGCCAUGAGGGCCUCUUGCUUGACUACGAGCAGCCCUUGACCAGACUACUCGAGAAGCCUCCCAAGGGUCGCACACCGCCUCCUACCAGCAGAACGCCCUCCCCGACACCGCCGCCCGCCGACGAAGAGGAUUCCGAAGCCAAGCAGGAGUACUAUGACACGUCGGCCCACUUCAUCUGGAUAGGAGACCGCACGCGCCAGCUCGACCACGCCCACGUCGAGUUCUUCCGCGGCAUCGCCAACCCCAUCGGCAUCAAGGUCGGCCCCACGACGCCCACCUCUGACCUGCUCGACCUCCUGCGCACCCUCAACCCCAGCCGCGAGCCCGGCAAGAUCACCCUCAUCACCCGCUACGGCGCGGGCAAGGUCGCCGAGCUGCUCCCCCAGCACAUCCGCGCCGUCGAGGACUCCGAGUACCGCCGCUGCGUCGUCUGGCAGUGCGACCCUAUGCACGGCAACACCCUCUCUACGCCCUCGGGCAUCAAGACGCGCCGCUUCAACGACAUCUACCGCGAGCUGCAGGAGUCGCUGCGCAUCCACAAGGAGCAGGGCAGCUACCUCGGCGGCGUCCACCUGGAGCUCACGGGCGAUGCCGUCACCGAGUGCCUGGGCGGCAGCGAGGGUCUCGACGAGGACGAUCUGUCGACCAACUACACGUCCUUCUGCGACCCCCGUCUGAACGAGAAGCAGGCCCUCGAGCUGGCGUUCCUCGUCGCGGACCAUUUCUCGCGAGAGCAAAAGCACGGGUCCGCCUAG